CCUGAACUGGAACAAAAUCACCCCUACAACCCCUAUCCGCAUCAUCAGCAACAUCAGCACCACCAAUUAGAUUCGUUGAACACUUCAGGAGCUAGUAGUAACGAGGUCGAUGAUUUUCCACCCCAUCACAAUGUGGUUCCUUCCUUGGGACUAUUCCGGGAGAAUGAUAAAGGAAAACUAGCUAAACCUGGUUCAGACAUGAAAGCUGAAAAUGAAUUAGAAAAACUAGAACUUUCGCAGUUGGUUGAGAAAAAGGAUUUCGAGCAGGCUAGGGGGUCCGUCGUGAAACAAGAGGCAGAAUUUGCUUUGCAAUUUGACGGUUCCACUGGAGAUGCAGUUCGGGAGACCGCAUCGCUACCCAUGAACUUAGGUAACUUACUGGAACAUUUACUUGUAUUUUAA